UGAGUUUGAGACUACUAAACCCGGAAAUUAAUUUUUGUCGCAUGUUUAUAUUUUUUUGAAUCUUGUAAAUAUCAAAUAUCACUUGGAAACUUUCUGCAAACCGAAAUGGAGGUGCUGUCUCGACCGGCCGAGGAAUUCGGAAAUGAUGAGACCCUGGAACAUCUGUGGGCCGCCAAAGCUAUAGAAUACAGUGACAUACAUUUCAACGUAUUGUGUUCAGUUGACAUGAGAUGGCUUCAGCUGACUCCGCACGAUGACCUCAUCUACACGACCUUUAGGCAAGACUUUCCAGAUCUCAAUGUAUCCAAUGUCAAAGAACAUGAAAUAAAGAGCAACGUAAAUAAAGUAAAGUGGAGGAUGUUCUGUGAAAAGUUCAAAAAUAUUGUUGAAGAUUACAGCUUUGGUACUUUGCUACGUGUGGACUGCAAGGGAGAUUAUUCAGAGCGCAACACAAUGUUGGUGCCUAGAGUACAGUUUUAUGCAAUAGAAAUAGCGAGGAACCGGGAGAAUUUAAAUAAUGAAGUCAAGAGAUUGUUCAAAUGUUCCUCAAAAAAUAACACACAGAGCCAAGAGCAAGUUCAAAUAGCUGUAUAGAACUGAACAUGUGUGUGUGGCUACAAAAGUGAUAAAAUCGUACUUUUUUAUACCAUAAUUUGUGUAUAUUCAUGUAUUCAAAGUUAAAAAAAAAAUUAAAAUUCAUGGAAGUAUUUUGAUGUGUUGGUGAUCUGAUUUAAAUUAUUGUUACAUACAUAUAAGUGGUGAAAUUUUAAAGUCCGAUUAGACAUAAUAAAGACUGAGCAUGGUGUGAAAAAUCAAUCCUUAAAUAGGAACAUGACUCAAAAUUUCUACAAAAUAUAGUUUUAAUUCAAAGUCUGUCAUUGUCAGCUAAUUAACAUCUACAAACAAAUUAAGGAGCUACUUAAAAAAUAUUGAAUUGGAAUAAAGGUCUAUCCUAUAAAGCCCUCCACUAGGUUUUUAGUUCUGUAGUAUUUUAUUUGAAAAUUGAUGCCUUCUCAGAAACAGUGUUACCAUAUUAAAGUUUAAUAAAUUCCUCUCUUACUUCCCUUUGCCUAUCUACCACUAAAUAUAUGAAAUAAAUGUAGGCAACAAGUUCUCCACCUAUUGAAUGUUAAUGGUACUACACCACUAAGUGUUAAUUAAAAACCAUACAUAAUCUAGUAAACCAGUGUGAUCAUAUUAUAAAGGAAUAAAUAAACCCACAAUUCAUUUAUCCAUUAGGAACUAACACUUAGGAUUAUUGAUGUCCAUAUAAAUUGUGUUAUAUUAUCAUGUAUGUAAGAUUAAAAUGAAUGAGGUGCUCAAUUUCUCAUGCAUUUUGUAAUA